AUGGCCCGAUGUCGCAAGGCCGGUGUCGAUACACCGCAGAUUUUCUGGGUUCGGCUCCCUGCGAAGGCGACCAAGCCUCCCGAUCCGGCCGAGCCUUCUGCCGUCAGAGCACCGGAACAAACGGCAAACGAAUGUCAACCUGAAACAAGCGUCAGUGCCACGCUCACUCUCUCUGCACCCUCCUCUUUCUCCUCUUCUUCUUCCUCUUCUUCUUCCUCUUCUUCUUCCUCUCCUUCUUCUUCCUCUCCUUCCUCCACUUCUUCUUCCUCUUCUUCUUCCUCUCCUUCUUCCUCUCCUUCUUCCUCUUCUUCUUCCUCUUCUUCUUCCUCUUCUUCUUCCUCUCCUUCUUCUUCCUCUCCUUCCUCCACUUCUUCUUCCUCUUCUUCUUCCUCUCCUUCUUCCUCUUCUUCUUCCUCUCCUUCUUCCUCUUCUUCUUCCUCUCCUUCUUCCUCUUCUUCUUCCUCUCCUUCUUCCUCUUCUUCAUCUUCUUCCUCUUGCUCUUCUGGCCUCGAGAACAAUGCUGGCGCGGGCGGGGGGCGACGCGGACUGGAAGAAGGUUUGAUUCUCAUGGAGUGGAUCGAGGGCGUUCCGGUGAAGGCUGUGCUGGCCGAGUUGGAAGAUCCUGCGCGGAAGAAACUUCCCAGUGAAGCCGCGACAGGCCUCCCGCGCGCAGCCGGAGAGUCUCAAAAACGCUCCACAGAGUCGACAGACGCAGGCACCCGAGGGACCCGGGAAGUCGAAGGAUCGCGCGCGUCGCGAGAAACAAAACAAAAGACGAAAGCAAAACGGAACGCGAAACAGAUCGAGGAACCGAACGCGAAGGCUGCACAGGAGGCGACGGGCGACUCCCUCUCUGGGGAAGACCUGUCGGACGACGACCUUGCCGAGACGCCGGCGGAAAACCGGUGCGCGUGUGGCCUCUGGGAAGGCAAAGCGAUCGAACAUCUCGGCGAGGCGGUCGGCAGAGCAGUCGCGAAGAUGCACGACGCGAACCUCGUUCACGGAGACCUCACAACUUCCAACCUUCUCUUGCGCUCUGCUCGCUCUUCUCUUUCUUGCGCGUCAUGGCCGGCUGCGCCGUCCUGUUCUUUCGGUUUCCCGUCUCUUUCUGCCGCUUCGAAUUGCCCGCCGAGCUCGGUCGCCUCGGUCGCUGCUGAGUUGGGCGCGCCGAUCGCGGCCGCCGUUGCCCAAGCGGCGGCGCAAGCCCGCGCGCAAGCGACCGCGGUCGCAGGCGCCGCGCUUGGCCAGGAGACAGGAGGCGCGACCGCGACAGCCCGGGAUUUGGAGAUGGCCCUUCGGCGAAACGUCGGCCUCGUGUUGAAGCAGGCGGCCGCUCAAGAGGCGGGUGCAUUCCUGCAAAUAGUCAAAUCGCGAGAAGCGAGACUCCGCUUGCCAAGCAACAAGGAAGGCGCAGCCACGGAGCAAGGAGAGGAGAUCGACGGGAAGGAGACAGAGAGGAAACGAGACGGAAAGAAGCAAGGAUCCAAACCCAAAGAGGACAAAGACCUCCCGCCCGUGUGCAUCAUUGAUUUUGGACUGGCUUCGACUUCCAGUCUGCCGGAGGACAAAGCGGUCGACCUUUACGUCUUGGAGCGGGCAGUCGAGAGCACGCAUUUCUCGAUCUCCGCUCCCUUCCUCGCGGGUCUUCUGUCGAGCUACGAACGCCACGCGCAAGGCGCCGCGCAGACGCUCGUUCGCCUGGCUGCUGUGCGGCUGCGGGGACGGAAGCGCCUGAUGAUUGGAUGA